AUGGCCCCAGUCAUCCGCCUUACCGCUGCUCUGGCUCUUGUGGCAUGUGUUGCUGCGCAGAACCCUGAGGAUUUCAACCCUAAUCCCAACCCCAACGCGGCUGUCGCGACUUCAACGGCUUCUUCGACUACCGCUGUCGCGGGCUCUGCCAGUGCCGCUGGUGCUCAGACUGUGACCGUCACUGCAACAGCGACCAUUACACAAGCCUCUUCUGCGGCACCGGCUAUCACCAUUGUGUCCGACUGCCAUGCCCACGAGACGGUCAACUGGUGCAUGGUUGGUACCGAGGAGUACCAGAUAGUCGGACCUACGGCAACGGAAGAAUUCCAAGCACAGUACACCGACUGCCAUACGCAUGGUUCUGAGACAUACUGCGUUGACGAUGCUGGUGGAGACGUCAAGGUACUCGUGGAGUCGACCGAGGAAGAUUCCCACGCCGACGAGACGUCUGAGGAAUCUGCUGGAGCUGAGGAGAACUGCCAUUUCCACGCCGGUGUUGAGCACUGCGUGGGCGGAAGCGAAAGCGAGGUCUCCUGCGAUGCCACUCCCCGCGACUACAACAUCGGUUUGCGCAUCGGUCUGCUUUUUGUCAUCAUGGCUACCAGCGCCUUCGGCGUCUUCAUGCCCAUCCUGACGACCCGCUUCAACAUCAUCUCGCAGACGAACAUCAUCUUCGUCAUUCUAAAGCAGUUUGGUACCGGUAUCGUGCUGUCGACCGCGUUCAUCCACCUCUUCACCCACGCCGAGCUCAUGUUCGGCAACGAGUGUCUGGGUGAGCUGCAGUACGAAGGGACCACCGCUGCCGUCUUCCUCGCCGGUCUCUUCCUGUCCUUCCUGGCCGACUACCUCGGCGCGCGCUUCGUGCAGUGGCGCCAGAAGAAGCACGCCUCCACCGACAGCGAGACCAGCACAUCCACAAAUGGCAGCGACAAGGCCGUAUCUGCAGCCAGCAAGUCCACGCCUGAGAACGAGCUCGGCCACGGCCACGGCUCUCCUCAUGCCCACGGCGCCCUCCAACAGGCGACCCCGAUGGAAGAGAAGAUCAACGUCAUGAACCUGGAGGCCGGCAUCAUCUUCCACUCGAUCCUGAUCGGCAUCACACUUGUCGUAGCGGGCGACUCGUUCUUCAUCACGCUAUUCGUCGUGAUCCUAUUCCACCAGAUGUUCGAGGGCAUAGCGCUGGGGACGUGCAUCGCAGAGCUGCCGCGGGCCGCGGCGUCGACGCUUCAAAAGUGCAUCAUGGGCGGGACGUUUGCGCUUAUCACGCCCAUUGGGAUGGCGAUUGGGAUCGGCGUGCUGAACUCGUUCAACGGGAAUGAUCCGUCGACCAUCGUUGCGAUUGGAACGCUAGAUGCGCUGUCCGCGGGCAUCCUGGCGUGGGUUGGCAUCGUCGAGAUGCUGGCCCGCGACUGGAUGCAUGGCCGCCUGCUGAACGCGGGGGUUGGCAGGUCCGCGGCGGCCAUGGUCGCGCUGGUGUGCGGGCUGGUGCUGAUGAGCGUGCUUGGGAAGUGGGCGUGA